AUGGAGUCACCGCUCAUGUAUGUGCCCGCCGAAGUGCGGUUGAUGAUCUACGAACACCUCUUCAACGACGACGGGAACCAAUACCUUUCCAUCCGCACCGCCACCGCCAACAAGCUACCCCAAACAGCCACCAGGACCCGCAGCCGCUACUACGUCCUCGACCGCUCGCCGCACCGGCGCUGCCACAAGACGACAUACCACCUCGCCACCAAGACGGUCCGCUUCUGCGCCGCCCUGAUGCAGGCCAACCGGACGAUCCACGAGGAGACGUCGUGUCUGCUCUACGGCGGCCACGCCUUCGAUUUUGGGGUUGACAUCGAGGCCAUUCAGCCGUUCCUCUCGGACCUGACGUCCGCCAGCCGCGCCCUCGUGUCCGCCGUCUCGCUCACGAAGCGCGGGCCCGCGGUGCCGCUGUACUGCGAGAGCGACCGCGCCGACUGGCGCACCGCGUGUCGGUUCCUGCGCGACCACUGCGGCGCCUCAAUCCACAAAUUACGGCUCGUCGUGCAGGGUGAACGGCCGAGCGGGCCUUCGGAUGGGCCGGCUGAGUUUUCGGCGGAUGAUUUGAGGCUGUUGGCCGGGAUCCGACAUGAGAGUCUGGAGUGGGUGGGCGAGCUGGCGGCGCUGAGGGGACUAAGGGAGCUGGAGGUCGUGGCGGAUGUGAGGGCUUGUCCGGCGCCUGUUACUUCGGAUAUGGUGGUUUUCGCGGCGUUUUCGGCUUCGAUUGAGAAGGGGUUGACGGAAUUUUUGAGGGAGCGGUUGGGGUUGUUGUCGUAG